UUGGUUUGCAGUUGCACUUUGUCUAUGUCUUGGAGUUUUUAAAUUACCUAUUGCUUGAAUUACAAUUUACAACAAAUUAGUUGGAAUUAAAGAAUUUUCCAUUUCUAACUUGACAUCGCCAGAAUUGUCUUUUACACGAUACAUCCAAACAAAAUAAAUUGUAUUGGACAGAACUUUCACUUAAGAAAAUGAAUGCCGUUUUGUUGAGGCGAAUUGUACGACGUUGGCGCCAACAACGUACAAAUAUUGGGAGGCGUAUGCUUCGGGAUGCUGUAGACCCUCUAUCAUUGGAUCCUCAAUUCUUUAUACGCAAUUAUAGGGUCACUAAGGAUCUCUUUGUUUUUUUGUGCAAUAUUCUUGCUGACAGUCUAAAGACUCGUGAGAGGUGUACUGGAAUUUCCAAUCAAACAAAAAUCCUUGUAGCUUUGAACUUUUUGGCUACAGGAAGCUACCAAAAACCGGUGGGAAGUGAUUGGUCGGCACCCGUUAGCCAGCCAACUGCAAGUCGGUGCAUAAAGGAAGUAGUGGAAGCAUUGAAUACACUUCUUCCAACAUUUAUAAAAUUUCCGACUAGUGAGCCUGAUAAAAACAAAAUCAAACAAGGAUUUUAUGAAAAAUUUGGUAUGCCUGAAGUUCUGGGAUGUGUUGAUGGCACAUUAGUAGCUAUAAUUGCACCAAGACAUGACCCGAGUGAAGCAGCAUUUUUUAGCAGUAAAGGAUACCAUGCCAUCAAUGCAGCAAUAAUUUCUGACAGUGACUUAAAAAUCAUUGGCUUAUGUGCAAAGUUUGGAGGGGCAGCUCAUGACAGUCAGGUUUGGAGUUCAUGGAGCAUAAGCCAAUAUCUGGAACAAGAAAACAAUAAUGGCAAAAUUGGAUGGCUUUUAGGAGAUUCGGCCUAUCCGCAAAGACCAUAUUUAAUGACGCCUGUAUUGCAUCCUGUUGAAAAUACCCCAGAAGCGCACUAUACCAACAUGCAUGUUCGAGCGCGGAUCUGUGUGGAACAAUGCAUAUGGCUGUUGAAGGCUAGGUGGCGAUGUUUAAUGCCACACAGAGUAUUACAUUAUAAGCCUGCUAUGAGUGCCAAAAUUAUCAAUUCCUGUGCAAUAUUACAUAAUUUGUGCCUAAAUGAUGGCAUUGAAGUUGACUGUACUGAAAGCCUAGUUAAUGAUGAUAAUGAUGCCAUUGGAUCUGUACCAAUGGCAUCAUUUGCUGAUGAGCAUGCCAGGCAAGAAUUAAUUCAAAAUUUGUGGGGUAAUCAUUAAGGCAUUUUCUAAUUUCUUAUUAUUAAAUCACAAGAAAACCAUGCCAUUCACCUAAUGGUGAGUUAUAUGACUGCCCAUAAACAGUAACAUUUCUGUCUAGAAUUUUGUAUUACUGAACCCUACAUGACACUCCACUGCAGUUGUUAUUCUGAAAUGUAAUUUCAUUGGCUACAAAGUCCUUCGAACUAGAAUACAACAGUGCAUAUACACAGUUGCUUGGCAGCAAAAUAGACAUUGCGGUGUUACUUAUCUAGAUAAACCCUCGCAUAUGAAAGUUCUACCUCUAUUAUUUAUGUGUUAAUAUAUUUGGCUUAUUAAUCUUUCCUAUAUUAAUAAUCUAUUAUUACACACUAGCUUCUGCAGCUCCUUCCACAUCUUUUAGGCAUAAUAAGUAACCUACUUAUACCCAAUUCAUAGCCAAAGGUCAAUUUCAGUACUGUUUUUCAUAAAUAUUAAUUCAGCCGUUAAGAUGAAUUGAAAUAAAAGUAAAAUAGUUUAAA